AUGGCGACGCCGAGCGAUAUGCUCGGCAUCACGCGCCGAGCAGCGCGGCCGCGCGGCCUCACGAUUGAGAUCCCAUCGUCCAAGUAUUCGUCCAAGAUUCCGACGGUCCGGAGCCCUGCGCGCACGAGUCUGCAAGGCGGCGUGACGAUCGAGCGGCCGUUGACCGCCACCGACGACGUGGUGCGGCGCUACGUUUGCCGCGGCAGCGACCCUGCUAGUGUGACCUCGCUCGCGCUCGAGCUUCCGCCGGGGCAAUCGCCACGGAAAGGCCAGGUCAAGAUCAAGUCCAUCGAGAGUCUGCAGCCCUUCCCGAGCCUUUUGCACCUCAACUUGAGUGGGCAUGGCCUCACCAGCAUGGACGGACUCGAUGCGCUAUCGCAGCUGCGCUCGCUGCACCUGGCGCGCAACAGCAUCAAGGCCAUCCAGCUCCCGUCGCUCGAGCACUUGGAAAUCCUCGAUCUGUCGGGCAACUUUAUCUCGCAGCUGCCCAAAACCCUGCGACAGCUGCCGCGACUGCAGAUGCUCGACCUCUCGGGCAAUGCACUGGCGAUCCUCAAGCAAGUCGAUGUCUUGGUGCCAUUGAGCAACCUCCAAAAGGUGCUUUUCACAGCCAACCCGAUCGCGCAGCUCGAGAGCUACCGAGAGUUUGUCAUCUUUACCUUGCCCGGCCUCACGUCGGUGGACCUCGCCACGAUCACGGACCGUGAGCGCGAGAAGAGCCGAAAGCGCUUCAGUGGGUCGAUCUCGCUCGACGAGCAGCUCGACGCGGUCGGGAAAAAGCACUUUGCCGACCAGUGCGGCAUCGAGGCGCAGCGCGCAACGUUGGAAGCGGAAAACGUCCUGCUCAAGAACGAGCUGCAACUCAAGUCGGCGCUUUUGACCAACAAAUCCAAAGAGUGGUCGGCCGCCACCGAGCAGCUCCUCCAGCUGCAGCAGGAACUCGCCAUGGUGCACAUCGAUAAGCGGUCGGCCCACGACCCGUUUCGCCUUCUCCACCUCAAACAGCAACACCAACAGCAGCAUCCGCAGCGCAGUGCUUCUGCCAACGAUCACGACGCAUCGCCUGCCGACAACAGCGUGCACCAAACGAUCGGUGCCGAGUUCAACCGCGAGUACCUCCUCCAGAAGAUCCAGUCGCUGCAUACCGCCGAGGCGUCCAUGGCGGACGAGACGCGUCAGUUGGAGGCGACGAUGCUCGCUCUCCGCAACGAGAUCGUCGCCGUCGAUCAAGAGAUUUCCACCGUCAAGGAGUCGCUUCUCAAAGAGCAAGACGCCCACCGUCUUCACUUGUUCCAGCUGCCAGCGCCACCGCAGAGUCCAAAGUACUACUUUGACGACGGCAGUGCGCGCGCAGCAGAGCUCCAGACGCAGAUCGAGCUGGCGACAGCUGAGGUCAGUGAGAUCGAACGCCGGCUCGUGGCCAAGACGAGGGAGAUGCUCCAAGCCGACCUUCAGUACUCUCGUCACGCAAUGGUCGACAAGAACUACGUGCUCUUUGACAAGGAGGUCUCGGCCCUUACGCACAAGCUACAGCGCAUCACGACGCAGAAAGAAGAGUGGGCCGACGAGCUCCAAAAGCUCGAACGGCUUCCCAAGGCGCCAGUGUUGCGGCUCAAGGAGCUCCACGAAGGGUACCGCGUCCAGCCCAGUCCCCGGCAUUUGCUCCGGGACUCGUUCCGGCAGUGUCUGCCCGACGCAACCGGCUCAGAAGCCGACGCGAUGGACGAGACGAACGAGCAUGACGCUGUGAGCCCCAGUGGCCAGCAGCACCCGCUCAACCGGAUGCUCGUGAGCGAGAAGCUCGCCGUGCUCCACAGCCUUCAAGAACGCCGGUUCGAGCUCUGCGACCUCCUUCUCGGGUACGAGACGCAGUGGGAGGUACUCCAAGAAGAGCGCAAGGCGAUCGUCGCGGAGCUUUACAACGUCCAACACAACAUUUUGCCCUUUUGUCCCGACGCUAGCUACAAGUGCAUUGCCAGCGCCUUGUCCCACACGAACGAGAGACCCGAAAGCCCCGAUAUGACGGACCCCGCGAGCAUGUACGAGCGCCUCAAGCACGACGUCCUUGCGCACGUGAGCCAGCUCCUCUCGCACCCGCCAGGAUCCCCGCACCGCAUAUCGCUGCCCACCAACCACAACCCUAACACGCCGGUGCACAUUGUACUGGAGACCCACGGCAGCAACAACCAAGUGACGAGUCCGCACAAGGUCGACGUCACGUUCACGUACCAGUCCAAGUUUCAACUGGAAGCGGGUGCGUCGAUGCCAUCGCCGACGUUUGCGCAGCUCAACAGCAAGAGCCACCUGGCGCUGGAUGAAAAUACAAAGCUCUUGGUCGCGUGCAAGAAGCUGCAAUGGGCCGAGAAGCAGCAAGGCACCGAGUCGGCGACGCGGAUGGAUGUGGAUCCGGCCACGCAGCGCCUCAAGAGCCGGCUCGAAGUCACGCUGCUCUCGGCGACGAACCUGCCGUGCACCCGCCGGCUCAGCGCCACGUGCGACCCGUACGCGCUCUUGCACCUCGAGCACCAAAACCGGGACAGUGGGGCGUGGGAGCGGGACCACCCGACCAAAGCGCUCCGGAGCAACACGCGCGCCAACACGCUCUUUCCCGUGUGGGACGAAGAGUUUGUGUUUGCGCCGAUCGAGUCCAUGUCGACGCGGCUCGUCAUCACAAUCAUGGACGACAAGAAGGCGUCCGACCGGCACGAAGUCCUCGGCGAAACCAAGAUUGAGCUGCGCACGCUAUGGGAGCAAAAGCGCGUGACGUCGUACUUUGCCAUUGCGCUCAAGACCAAGUCGCGCGAGCCUGCCCACGUCCGACUCCGUCUACGCUUUCUCUACAACCGCGUUGAUCGAUUACGGCGCGUCGUCGACCGGCUCGUGCUUGCCUACAUUGAGCGGCGGCGGCAGCUCCCGACCUUUAUGUGCCGCGUGCACAAUAGCCACGAGAGCAACCAGGCGACUUCGCUCUCGCCGCACCAUUCGGCGUACGUGGUUCCGGUGGCGUCGCCGCCGACCUUUGGCCCGACGCGCAGCUACGCCACGCCGACGCGCUUUGGGUUUCCGUGCACGUCGCCAGUGCCACCGCUCUCCAAUCAAUGGGACACGUACAAAGAGAUCUUCUCGGCGAGGAAGAAGCUGGCGUACGUGCCGCCGCGGCGAGGCGACGGCUGCUUUGACAAAGACAGCAUUUACCGCCCGAGCCGACGGCAGUCGUCCGAGCCGGCUCCACCCCGCAAAGCGUCGGCGCCACCCAACGCCGACUUGCGCAUAUUUAAGCGGCCCGUGCAUCGUCCGCGAGAGGCCUCGCAGCGCGCCGACCGAUUUUUCGGGCUGCCCACCGGCCCAAGCGAGCACUACAAGCGCGUCUACGUCAAGUUUAACCCGAGUUAG